GCACGCGCUCCUAACCGGAAACGGAAAUCGCAGCCAGUUUAAGCGGCGGAUCAUAACUUUGAAUGAGGUGUCUGGAGCGACGGUUAUUCCUGUGUAGUUACCCGCUUCGGUCGGUCGGUGUUUCCGAGUGUCUGUGCGAGUGACUCCCCGAGAACAUAAAUCACAAAUUUAAUCAAUCUCACGUGCCGACUUGCAGUUACCAAACGGAGUGAUUAAGUGUACGCCAGCUUCGCACUACUUCGCGACCGGAAGCGGAAGUUGCCAGGCCGGAAGUCUGGUUGCUUGUUGCCAACGACCUUCGCUGUAAUGGUGAUGGCUGACGGGUGAAAGUGUUGCUAAAACACUGAGCUCGCAGCGGAAAUCGAGGAAGUGUUGGGACUUAUAAUGCCCCAACUCCGGCUUAAGCACACAAAUCCAGCAUAAUGCAGCGCUGAGGCCCAGGGAACAAAUACAUCCACGACACACACUCUAGCGUAAGCUGAACAAUCGGAGGAGAAGGAAGACGAGGACGCGGAGGGCACUCCACUUGACGACCAGCGAUUUCUGAGCAGGAGACGUCGACAAAGCGGGCAGCGGCAUGGCGGACCUGGAGCGCAUUCGGCUCGUCCUUCUGGGCGGCGCCGGCGUGGGCAAGAGCUCCAUUGUGAAGCGCUUCCUGUUCAAAACCUACACGGACAAGUAUCGCGCCACCGUCGAGGAUCUCUACAAUCGCGAGUACGACCUGGGGGGCGUCACACUGAAGGUGGACAUUCUGGACACGUCAGGUGACAUGCAGUUCCCGGCCAUGCGGCGUCUGUCCAUCGCCACGGCGCACGCGUUUAUGCUCGUCUACGCGGCCACAUCGGCGCCCAGUUUCCAGUGUGUGAAGCAGUGCUUCGAGGAGAUCCGCGAGCAACGCGGCGAUUUCCAGGACAUCCCCAUUGUGAUCGCCGGAAACAAGGCCGACCUGGCCACCACCCACCGGGAGGUCAAGCUGGAGGAGGUGACCGAUUGGGUCUUCUGCGAGCUGCCGCGACUCCGGGCGAAAGUGCUGGAGUGCUCGGCGAAGGAGGACAGCAACGUGACCGACCUCUUCAAGUCCCUGCUCUCCCUGUCCCGCUUCCUGCCCGCCAGCAGCAGUGGGAGCGGGGGCAGCGGGGCCGGCGGCGAGGCGGCGCCCAGUGGUUUUAAGCGCCGCUCGUCGGCCUACGUCAGCGCGUCGUCCAGUCGCAAUAAAAAUCGGAUGAAUAGCCCGGCCCUGGGAGGCGCCGGCGGCAGUGACAAGAAGGCCUCGGGACUCGUGGACGCCGUGGAUGUGGCCAGCACCAGCGCGGAGGCCAAGCUGAAGCCGCGUUCCAGAUCGCUCAUACGCCGCGCUUCACGCAAGACCAAGCAGCAAAUCAACAACGCAUCCGACGACUGCAAUGUGCAGUAAACUAUUAUUUUCGGCCGGCAGCCCAGCGCAUAAUUAUGUUAUUAUGUUUGGCCACAAUGUGUAUUAAUAAUGGGCGCCAGUUAAUUAGCGCGCACAAACAAGUGGCGCGGUAUUUAUGUUCGCUGCAAUGGGCUGAUUAUUCUGAUAAUAUAAAACUCACAAAAACCCACUUGCUCAAGGGCAAACAAAGCCAGUGCGAAACAGUUUGCAACUCUAUAUGUAGUAGCUUCCAUAAUUUAUUUACUCUGUGUGCAGAUCGAAUGUGAGGUAAAAACCGCAGCUUGAUGACAUUGGUUAGGGUUAGAAAUAUUUGUUAAACACUGUAAGUAGUUAAGUAGGUAGCCCCAAAAAUCUAACAAUUUUCUUAGCUAUUAUUUAUAUCAUGUUCUUUUGUCGGGUAGAUUUAAAACCCAUUUUAUAUCCUUUUAAUCCAGAGUCAUCAGGGCGUAAAAGAUAAGGGAUUGCUGCGACAUUGAGCUGACUUGCAAAGGAAUUAAGCACAUCAAUCUAUUUGAGUUCCGGUCAUUACCGUUGUGAGGGACCAGGUUUAUUUAAAUUUAAAAUUAACUUUUAUACGACAAACAAUUUCGAUUUCAAUUUUCAUAAAUUUUAGUAAGGACUUUGGCCAAGCAACUUGAAUUGAGAGAGAAGCUGCGAGACGGGGCAGAGAUUUUGAGAAUCGUAAUACCGUUCUGGGAGUUCUUUUUGAUGAGAAAUUAAUGGCUCAGCUUUAAAGGGGGUGUGCGUUUUGAGAAAGGACUAAGUUAAUACGUUUUCCACUGAUGGAUUGUCAUAACAUUAUGAUAGGUUGCAUAGCUUUAAGGUAAAUUCUAGAAUGCUAAUUUGUGAAGCUCUAUCUGCACCCUUAGCUGACACCGUAGUUAAUAUCAAAACGUUCCGCAUAGAGUACGCAUAUAUUAUUAACAAUCUUGAUGGAUGGGUUCGAGUGUUUAUAUUUGCCUUGAGCCCAACUCGCUCGGCUUGAAGCCGGAGUAAGACGCCAAAUGGAAUGCCAGCGACUGGGUGAAUUGGGACUCAAGGCAAGUUUUGCAGGAGUAAAGCAAUUUCGCGGCGUUCUCCUUAGGCCCCGGCCACGUAGAAUAACAAAAACUUUAACACAGAGAGCACAAAACAAUUUACUAUGCAAAAAACGUAAUUGUAAAAUAAAUUUGAUGCGUCCGCGGAAGAGGGCGAAAUCUCGAAAUGCUUACCAAGGAUAAUACAGGGUGAACUUCUUAUGCUAAAUUGCCAAAUCAAAAUACCCACAGUGCACAUCAAGUUCGCAGGCGAGUUUUAUGGCAGAGAAUAAUCGAUAAAUCUGUUUUUAAUACGCAACUUUUGCUUGCGACCUAUAGUACUUUCUCCUUCGGCAGGGCACAAGUUACACUUGCAACGUGUGUUCGCCGGCGUGUGAUAAGAGUCCAUUGUGUUUGUUUGCCCGAAUGUGCUUAGCAAAUAAGAUUUAUUUUAAAGACUACUUUUAGGCGGUUCUGCGUGCGGCAGGAUUACCGAGAGAGAUCUGUAAAUGGAUAAAGUACGGCAUAUGCAAAGUGAAUUGUGAUUAAACCAAGUACACCUAAGCAAAUGUGUGUACAACUGAACGCUGAAUGCGGACAAUGCACACAGAAGUUUCGGUAAUGGAAACAUAGUAUUGUUGCUUUCGUCCAGAGAGGAUCGACAGGCCAGACCUAGUUAUAUAGUACAUAUAUAUACGGCACUAUGCAUUAACGUAUUUAUUACCUAGUCUGUACCAAAACCAACAAGUUUGUGUAUACAGUUUGGAUGUUUGUUUUACAAGUAAUGCGUUUAUACAUUGUUACUAGGUGUAGUUAAUUGACAACAAAUCUGAAGAGCCAACCCGUAUUUGAUCUCUAAUCGAACCGUACUAACCGAAACUAUAUCACCAACCAAUGGGAACACAAAGGGUCAGGGGGCACGCGUUAUAUCAGAGUGUAUCAGCUGACUUAUCCAACUUACCCGAUUUUAAAUACAUAUUCGUGUACGUAAUUCGAUUGUUCUAACAAGUGAAUACCUACUACUCUAUACAGAAUCGAAAGAUUGUAACUUGUAACCUAAAAUAGUCGAAGGAAAACCGAAAUUAACUUUCUAAGUGUGCGUAUGUGUGUCAUGUACUUGUAACUAAUUGAAUUUCGAUUCAAAUUGAAUUAUUGACAAUUGUAUUAGCCAGUUUAAAUAAACCACAGUGCGUCCCAGGCA